AUUUCGUUUUGACAUUAUGCAUACUUUCUAGAUUGUGGACCUCGGUGCACAGUAUACCCGCUAAUGCUUUCUCAGCUUUUCAGUUUCUAUUACCUUACCAUGAACUUUGUACUAUUCCAUGUACGGGCAUGUUGAAAAACUAGCUGAAGAGAUAAAGAAAGGUGCUGCAUCUGUAGAAGGAGUGGAAGCAAAACUAUGGCAGGUCCCAGAGACACUCUCAGAGGAGGUGCUAGGGAAGAUGAGUGCUCCCUCAAAGAGUGAUGUUCCAGUCAUAACACCAGCUGAGCUUGCUGAAGCUGAUGGGCUCAUUUUCGGAUUCCCCACUAGAUUUGGGAUGAUGGCUGCUCAAUUUAAAGCAUUUCUAGAUGCAACUGGAGGUCUAUGGAGAACGCAAUCAUUGGCAGGAAAGCCUGCAGGGAUUUUUUACAGCACUGGAUCUCAAGGCGGUGGACAAGAGACUACUGCGCUAACGGCCAUUACUCAGCUGGCUCAUCAUGGGAUGAUCUUUGUACCCAUUGGAUACACAUUUGGUGCUGGCAUGUUUGAGAUGGAGAAGGUGAAGGGUGGUAGCCCAUAUGGAGCAGGAACUUACGCUGGGGAUGGUUCUAGACAGCCAUCAGAGCUUGAACUGGCGCAAGCUUUCCACCAGGGGAAGUACAUUGCUGGCAUCGCAAAGAAGCUCAAGGGAGCUGCUUGAUUUCCAUAUACCCUUAUACAGCUACUGUUUGGCAUUGUAUACUUGCAAUUAUUUUUUAAUAGAAAUUUGAAUUCCUAGUUCCCUGUGGUCAUAAAAAUAAUGAGCUCUUUGUUGGACGUGUAUUUUCCAAUCACGAGCUUUUUAUGUGUUUUUUUCAUUACAGUGAUUUUGACUUUUAAUGAUACAGUAUGUUACUUCUGUUGUCUCUA